AUGAGGUUCUUCAUCAGGGACGACGCGCCGGCCGCCAGUGCCCACGUUGCCUCUUACAUUGUUGAGCGUAUUAAUCACUUUGGUCCCACACCUGCACAUCCCUUCGUAUUGGGGUUGCCAACGGGAAGCACACCACUUGGAGUCUACAAGAUACUCGCAGACAAAUACAAGGCUGGCGAGGUGUCCUUCGAAAAUGUCGUCACUUUCAACAUGGAUGAGUACAUCGGAAUUCCCAGGGACCACCCUGAGAGCUACCACACCUUCAUGUGGAAGCACUUCUUUUCUCACGUGAACAUCCACCCCAGCAACGUGCACAUCCUCGAUGGCAACGCUCCCAACCUUGAGGCCGAGUGCGUUGAGUACGAAGCCAAGAUCCAGGCUGCUGGAGGCAUCGACCUCUUCCUCGCCGGCAUGGGUGAGGACGGCCACAUUGCCUUCAAUGAGCCCGGUUCUAGCCUGGCGUCCCGUACUCGUGUCAAGACCCUUGCAUAUGGAACCAUCCUCGCCAACAGCCGCUUCUUCGAUGACGACCUGGACCAGGUCCCAAAGAUGGCCCUGACGGUCGGUGUCCAGACGGUCCUUGAGGCCCGUGAAGUUGUGGUACUUGCCCUCGGUGCACGCAAAGCCCUGGCACUGCAACGAUGCAUCGAGCAGGGCGUCAACCAUAUGUGGACGUUGUCUGCUCUGCAGUUGCACCCUCACUCGAUGAUUGUCUGCGAUGAAGACGCCACACUGGAACUGCAGGUCAAGACGGUCAAGUACUUCAAAGACAUCGACCAAGUCGCCCGCGCCGAGGGUUUCGAACAGAUUCUCCCCUCCAAGGUCCGCACAGGCCCAUCCAAAGUCCCAACCACAAUUAUCACAGACGAAUUCCCGGCACCCACCAUCCUCUCCCCGCAGCCCACCACCUCCCGUCUCCUCCGCGCCACCCCGGCCACCGAGUACCCCCUCCGGUCCCGGUCCCCUUCCCCCGACGCCUCCUCGGCGCGUCAUCUCCUCGCCACGCCGGAGACCGAGUACACCCAGAACACGGAGUACUCGAUGUACUCGCGGGCUUCCACACCGGAUCUCAUGCCGGACAGCAUGGCCUCGCGGAUCGGUGACCCUGCGCUCCUGAGGCGGGCCACGCCCAACCCGGACUCGCAGCGGCUGACGCCGCGGGCGGUGUCGCCGAACCUGAGUGCGGUCCCUAGGACGAAUGGUAUCAAGGUCUAA